UGAAAGCGUGCGCGCACAUCCUUGCUCAGCGGAGGCCGUGUCUGUUUGGAGAGAGGAGAAGAGAGGAGAGGAGAGGAGAAGUGCUGAGGCUAUGAUGCUUCCUAUUCAGGGUACAGAUGGUGGAGUGGAGCUUAGGUGAGAAUGGAACACCCUCUAUCCAAACCAGACAAAAUGGGCAAGUCAAGGCUGUUUCGCAUCUUUUUAAUUUUGGGCUCUGUCUUCAUGAUCCUGCUGAUAAUCAUCUACUGGGACGAUGUUGGAGCCACUCAUUUUUACCUGCACACCACCAUCUCUGGUCCUCACUCUUCCCGUCUUCCUCCAGAGGGUCAUGCUGCUCCCAAACAGAAAUCAGAAGAAGACAAAGAUGGCUCUUUCCUGUCUGAUAUUGAUGCUUUUGUCAACCAGUUUUUGGAGGGCACCCCUGAUCCGACGGAGCAAGUGAGAGGAGAAACCCCGCCUGGAGAGACACACAACCAGUCUUCAGAAAAACCUGAGGAGAGGUUUGUCCCCAGACGUGAGUGGAAGAUCCACCUGACCCCGAUAGCGAUAGAGAAGAAGCAGAGGCAGGACAGCAGGAAGCAGAUGAUCCAUGAUCUGUGCAGCAGCAACAGCAGCUUGGACUUCCCUGGAAAGAACAGGACAUUUGAUGACAUCCCCAACAAGGAGUUGGAUCACUUGAUUGUAGAUGACCGGCAUGGCAUCAUCUACUGCUACGUUCCCAAAGUGGCGUGCACCAACUGGAAGCGCAUCAUGAUCGUGUUGAGUGAGAGCUUGCUGGUGGACGGUGUACCCUACCAGGACCCUCUGGAUGUUCCUGCAGAGCUCAUCCACAACAGCAGCUUGCACUUCACUUUCAACAAGUUCUGGAAGCGCUACGGAAAGUUCUCCCGUCACCUGAUGAAGAUCAAGCUGAAAAAGUAUACCAAGUUCCUGUUUGUCAGAGACCCCUUUGUGCGACUCAUCUCUGCCUAUCGCAACAAGUUGGAGCAGGAGAACGAGGACUUCUACAAGAGAUUUGCCGUCAUCAUGCUGAAAAAAUAUGGCAACUAUUCCGACCCACCAGCCUCAGUGGUGGAUGCUUUUGCUGCUGGUAUUCGACCAACCUUUUCAAACUUUAUUCAGUAUUUGUUAGAUCCUGACACUGAGAAAGCAAUGCCCUUUAAUGAGCACUGGAGACAGAUGUAUCGGCUGUGCCACCCUUGCCAGAUAAACUAUGACUUUGUGGGAAAGCUGGAGACCUUGGACGAGGAUGCCGAACAUUUGUUACGGAUCCUGCGUGUGGACAAUGUUGUUGAGUUCCCACCAAGUCAUCGCAACAGGACAGUGAGCAGUUGGGAGCAGGAUUGGUUUGCCAGCAUUCCAUAUGAAUCCCGGAAAGAGCUGUACAAGCUCUAUGAAGCUGAUUUCAGACUGUUUGGAUAUUCUAAACCUGAGAAGCUUUUACAUGAGUAAAGUUUGGUUUCUGGUUUACCUGUUUACUGUUUUGUGUAAUUCAGUUUAACAUUUUAGGUUAUUGAAGAGGAUCUGUAGGAUUCUCUUGUUUUGCUCCUUAUGCGUCAUUUCUAUGAUGCAGUGAAGUCUGCGUUGAUGAGUGCAUUGGAAAGGAUGUAAACAUCUUAGAGAUCACUGAAGGACAUAGGACAAUACUGAAAUUACGUACAUGUUCUUUCUUCCAAAAACACUCCAUUUGGCAUGCAGUACUGUAUAUUCCAAUGGGUUGAAGUGGUAGGUUGAAGUAAUUAUUCUAGGUAAUCACAGCAGAUAGCAUAAAUAUCUUGCUUUUAAUUUUUGGUAUUGUUUUUUUUAUUGUAAUUUGUUCUUGCAGUUUUUACUUAUGAUUCAUAUUUGCUGUUAAAAUAAGUAUGCAGCUUAAACAUAAGACUAUCGUGAUAAGAUAUGCUAGAUUUACUGCACAUUUAGGGCAGUGCACAUAGAAUAUUUAGAAUAUUUUUGUAUUUUUUGCUAUUAAAUGUGAAAGAGGCGCCAAAAGAAGCUAGCUACUAUUUUGAAAGAACAGACUUUUAACUUUAUAUGGCUUCCUUUUCCUUUGCGAAAGGAUACACUGCACUCCUAUAGCGGUUAAAGAACUUUAUGUUUAAGAACAAAACUUUUUGUUUGUUUGAGCUUGUCAGGCUUAAUUUAUGCAGAGACAUCACCUCAUUUUUGUCGCGAUUUUUGUUUACCCACCUCAGGAUGCAAACAGUAACAUACUUUUUCGAGACCUCAUUUUAUUUUAAAUGUAACCGGUGCAAAUGAAUUUGUAGGUGUUUGAAAAAAAGACCUAAUAAGUGCUGGUAAUCCACACAAGGUAUUUCUGUCACUGAUGUGCAAAGAAACAUUAUUACUGCAGAGCUGCUGUUUUUCAGUGUGCGAACGGACAUCAAAAGAACGUUUCCUUAAAGCGAGGCGAAUAUCUGAGGCAGGGGGUUGUCAGAUUGCAGCUUGUGUUUGUCCGUGGCAUCUCUCUUCAUUUUUUUUUUUAUCCUUUUCCUUUUUGAUCCGAGCAUCCGUUCCCCUGGCAGGAAGCUGUUGCCGGAUAACUCUUAUCAUUGGCGUGCCAUAGAUUCUAGCAUGUGUGCCUUGCGGUUCGUUUUUAUAAAUAUGCAUCUCUCGAGAGACCUGGCGGUGUGGGCAAAAUUAAACGUCUUGUUUGUUCUGGUAAGACGUAGCAUUUAUAAAUAGAUUCCUGGGUUGCAUAUUGUUUUAGAGGAUAAAUGCAGGCACAGCGGUUCUGUCUGAGUAAGCCUGAUUAGGCUUCUGUUCUUAGAGGGAGGUUAAAGCACAAAUAAUUGUCUGAGGCCCUUAAACAUUUUCCAGUUUUGUUUUUUUCUCUGCCUGUUUUACUGUAGCAUCAACAAAGUAUGUUAUGCAGACUUGGGCAUGUGCAAAUGGGUUUUUUAUGAUCGUGUAGCUUGAAGUUGAUUUCAUUUGGAAAGGUAUUUUAAUCGUGGUGUCGGUGCACUGCGUUUUGCACAUUGAAUCAUUUUGUAUUAGAUAUGUAUGUGUGUUUUUUCAGAAACAGGAACAUGUUAGUUUUGCUUUUGGCUUGGGAGGCAUAUGGAGAGCAGUGGAGCACAAGGGUAGAGUGACCCUCCUGUAGGUCAAGGGCUGGAGGGCCCUCAGGGCAAACCAUGAUCAGCAGCUGGUCCAGGAGGCACUGCACCAGAUUGGCCGCGUGCUAGCAGUGCCUUUCCUAGAGAUGAGGACAAAAAGUUUACACUCAAAAGAUAUACAAUGUACAGGUAUUUUUGUAAGUGCGUCAUAUUUUGACCUUUGCGAACAAAACAGUUAGAUUACAGAAAGAAAUAAUAAAUAGGAAAUAAUUUAAUAGGAUCUAUGUGUCGUGAAAUACUUGUAAGCUUAUUUUUUGCCACUGUGCUUGCUGUGCUCUUGAGAUUUAUCUAUACGUUCAGUGCUUUUCCAUUGUUUCAGUGCUGUUACGUUGUGCUUGCUAGGACGCUGCAUUCCUGCGUUUUACCGAAGGGAACGUUUUAUCACUCAUCCGUACAGUAUGCUGCCUAAUGCUGUUGAAUAUGUUUGUGCAAAAUGUCUCACCCUAUGUUUUUCUGGUCAUCCUGUGCCACAGUAUUUGUUAAAAAGAUGAGAAAUUGCAGGUACAUGCUCUUUUAGUGAAUGCUGUGAGAUCAAGAAAAGAAUUCAUUUCUACUUUAGAUGUUUCUCAGACAUAUAAGUUUCAUGUAUGCAUGGGUUUCCUAAUUUUAAGGGACAUCAUUAUGUUUGUGUUUAGAAAAAAAUAAAGAAGGGAUGUAUUUCUCAGUAUCAUCAAUAUCACAUCAGCUUGUAGCUGAAAAAAUAUCCAGUGAGUUCAUCUGGAUUACAGUUUUGCAUUUGGUUGUGUAUUUUUUUCCUUUUUAUUUAUUACAGUUUUAAGAAGCUUUGUUAUGCGAUCUCAAGAAAAGAAAUAAAGCUUAAUGCAUGGUGCAAACCCUGA